AUGGACGACCUCCUUGCACGAGGUGUCGUGAAACCGGCCGAGAAUGUGUCCCCCGAGAGACUGCCGGACCUUCACAAGCAUCUCCACUCAAAGAAACGUACUACGGGCACUGCGGUUCCACGUCCAACUAAAGCCUGUGUGAGCUGCCACUCACGAAAGGCUCGGUGUGAAAUCAUCGACCAACCACCAUCCACAGGACGCCGUCGUGGGAAUCGUGAAUGCAUCUUCGAGAAGGACCACCCUCCUCAAAAGAAGGUUACGCGCGUGAGGAAUGGAGCACGAUGCGUGACAUGUUUCCGCGGACAUCACCGAUGUGAGAUGGUCGAUGGUCGACCACCUUGCGCAAGAUGUCGGGGUAUCGGCCGAGAAUGUGUGCCUCAAGCGCCUUCAGAUACUCCCAGGCCAGCUGCUGUAAAGCCCUCUCUGCCUUCAAUGACUACAGGUCCUAAAUCUGCCAUCUGUACAAGCUGCCGAAAACACAAAGUACGGUGUGAGGUCACCGACAAUCUAGCUUGCACAGAAUGUCGCACAAAGCAUCGCAAAUGCGUCUUCGAGGCUCCACCGGUUGAGCCAUCGGGCGCGUCCUUUUUGAUGUCAGAAUUGUCGGAACUUACCCCUCUCCAUUCCAGCCCAAGGGUCUCUUAUCAGAGCGACGCGGGCGAGGCUGACUCUAGCGAGAGUGAUUCCAGCCAGAGUGACUCUUUUGAUAUCAAAUCGGAAGUUUCGCAAAGCCCUGUCCCCCUUGCGCAGAUUCCGGCUCCUGAAAAUCAUGACAAUAUUGCUUCUGCCGCCAAUCUCGUAAGUGAACAAACUGAUACAACACAGCCAACACAAAUUUCACGCACGGAGCCGGCAACCUCACAACCAACUGCUUCGGAAACCCCGGUAUCUAACAAUGAUGGCGGUAUUCCUCCUAUUGGCAACGCCGUAAAUCGCUUCUCUGAUACAGCACAACCGACACAUUCUCCACGCACGGACUCAACAGCAACCACUUCCGGAUCCGAGGCAUUCAUAUCGACGGGCUUCUGCUCGUAUGCGUCAGAAUCCGGCCAGACGACAGUAUCCGCACUUUCUCAACCAAGGGAAGAUAUUCUUGACUUGUGGGACAAUUGCAACUUUGUUCGCCUCGGAUGGUUAACCUCGCAGGAAGCAGUGACUUAUCUUGAUCUGUUCUCCCAGCAUCUAGCGCCUCUUUCACGCAUAACAACUCAAGACCUUCUCUCGCACGAAAACCAUGAGCAACUACUCAAAGAGGAUCCAAUGUUAUGCUGCACUCUCCUGGCCAUAUCCUCUCGAUUUUUUGCUCUCCCGGGUCCUGGAGGCCCGUCUCGAAGUCACUAUGUUCACAGCCAAUUGUGGAAGUAUUGUGAGGUCUUGAUUCAACGCAUUCUGCUCGGACAAGAAAGUUACUCAAACGCAGACUCCCGAGUCUUGGGAGCUAUCGAGAGCCUUAUGUUGAUAUCCGACUGGCCCCCACGAUCAAUCCACCUCCCAACUGAUAAUCCCGACUGGGAUGGCCAAGUGAUGUUCCCAGAGCGUACUCGCCGAGAAUUCAAACGAAGAAAACUCAACGCUCCAUCGAUACGGUGGCAAGAAGAUGUCUUCGAGCCGGUGAAGCAGGUGGGCCAAAUGUCUGGGAGACUGCUAGGCGUUGCAGUCAAUCUCGCUUAUGAAACUGGCAUCUUCCCCGAUAAGCCUCUUGUAUCCUUUGUCCCUGAGACUCGGCACCUUGCUCGGUUUCACCGCACUAGAAACCUACUCUGUGUUUACGUCAAUCAGAUGGCCAGUCGACUGGGCUGUUCGUCCCCUCUGCCGCAAAAUAUGUCCUUCGGUUCGAUGUCUGUACCCCAACAGAACGAACCCGGGGGUCAAUUGUCGGACUCUUGGACGGCCCUAUGGAUGGAUUUGACGAAACUCAUAAAUUCGGCAACUGUCACUUUCUCUCCGUCACAUUCUGCUAUGAAGGAGGUGCUGGCUGGAUAUAACUUGCUUAAUCUGAACUGGACUCCCUCUCUUGCUCAUUGGCAUGACCGAUUCAGUUCGCAGUUGUCGGGAAUGCCCCUUGAACUGGGCUACUUGCUCUUUAUUGAAUUCCACCAUCUCAAAGCAUGCAUCAGUGCCUUUUCCAUUCAAGCAGUCGUCGAAAGAGCAUUCUCACAAGGCAUUGCUAAAUCCGAUAGUUCCGACAAACAUAUCAAUAGGCCUUCCGUGCUUCCAGAGGACCGAAAAUUCAUUGACGAGACGAUAUCUGCCAGCUGCAAGGUCCUUGACCUUGCCACGACGAUGCAUUUAGAAGGGAGACUACGCUACACUCCCCUGAGAACCCGUCUUUGCAUCGUCUCAGCAUCGAUUCUCCUGUUAAAGGCUAUCAGCCUUGGUGGCCGCUCCCAUGACUUGAAAGUCAAGAUGGGAACAUUGGAUCAGUGCAUCGCUGCGUUGCGAUCGUGCGGGAUUGACGACUUGGAUUUCUUGUCUCGAUUCGCCGAACUCGUGGACCAGCACCUACGUCGAUUCCGGGAUCAGUUCACUUUGCUACAGGAUCGUCCGAAGCCGCCUGGCGACGGUCACGCCAAUGAGCCCUUCGGGGAUGAUUGGGUCGUGCGACCGUUCGAUCCCAAGAUUGCUCUGUGCUCGUCGGACAGAAAGGCGAUCCCCCUGGGAAUCGAUUCGAAUUCUCUUGAUUUUUUAAUGAACCUGUUACCUUUAGGUGAACAAUGA